AGGCCUUUAUUCUUCUAGAUAUUCAUACACAUUUCCGUAUUUUUCCUACAUAGCAUGUUCUUGAUCCCCAGCCAUCCAUUGCGAUCUCCGUCACUGAUCCCUUCGAGUACUUUUUAGAACAUCAAAAAUGACGCACCCGCUCCGCACCCCUUCUACAACUCGCGCCAGCACGUCAAUUAUCCCUCCAGCGACAGCAACAAUGCCUCUCCUCGGGAGCCGCGGAGCCGCUUCCAGCACCCAAGCCCGCAAGAAGCAGGAGCUAUUGGAAAAGCUAACCACCGCAGCCGCGGAGCAACAGGAGAUUCUUCCAGCUACGACCACUUCUUCUACUACCCCCACGGCACGGGUACAAAAAUUGCUGAGCGACAAUUAUAAUCGCAGUAGUUCCUCUAGCAGUUCUUGCUCCACAGCUGCAUCUCACGACCCAUCGAUCAUUCGCGACAAUACUACAUCCAGCGAGCAAAAGAUUUUCCACCGCGGUUUGCAACUUCGGGAGGUGAAGAAGCAGAUCUUCGAGCUCCAGCUGCAGCUCGCGCAACUGACCAAGGAAGAUCCUCAGUUGCUCGAUUUCGCCAGCAAAUUUUUGAAGAAAGACCACAUUGACGGGAUCGUGGAGGAGCGGGCGAUGGUCGAUUUGUGCGGAAGGUUUGGCUGCAAAAACUUGAAUAUCUUAUCCGGAGCAAACAAGAAGAAAAAGUACCUCGUACGGGACAGAGGGUCGAAAGUUUUGGAGUUGAAUGAGUUGGGAAAGUUUUGCUCGAUGGAGUGCCAGAAGAAGGUGUUUCUGUACAAGGAGGAAAAACUGUCCAACGAACCCGAGUGGUCCACGGUGGACAAGAAUUUAGAAGAAAUCUCUGAAACGGUCAAGCAGCAAGUGGCGGAAGACCUGCGGAGGGAGCGGGCGAGAUUUGAUGCUUUGCUGGAGAACAGAGACGAGAAGGAUCAGCAUGAAGUAGGUCAUUCUGGCCUUGCUUCGCCUGCUCUCGUCGUCCCUGAGAACAUAGAUGAAAACUUGGGUCGCCGUGGUCCUAACGACCGGAAGAACAUCAGCUCCAAUGCCGUCGAGAAGGAAAAUCCAACAAAGCUCACGACCCUGGAAACUUUUGAGGACGAAGCGGGGUGGGAAACGGAGCUGAUGAUGGACGAAAGUGUGUUCGAACAAGCCGCCGCCGCGAUGUUUCCCACUUUAGAAGAGGUAGUGAAGAGAAAUCAACAACAAGGGAAGACGACGAACUAUCUAGAAGAUGAAUCUCGGAGGUCCUCGCAACAGCCUUACGACAUUUCAUCUGCACGACGCGCAUUAGAAGUAGUAAAACCUCCAUCUACAACUUCCGCAGCGGGGAAAAUAAAUCGGCGGGCGAAUCUGCAGCAGCACCCGGUCGUCAACAUUCCGGACGUGCAGCGGCGGGUCGCGGCGGUUUCUAUUGUGGAACGUAUCGCAAGAAAAAACUGUUUCACUGUGAACUUGUGAUGCAAAAAAUUCAUCACUGAAGUGUGUGUCUUGCUACACAUGCAAGACAAGUGAUUCUUAGCGGUGUUUUCCCUUAGGAUCCUCGCAUGGCAAGUUUUCUUUGUAAUGUGUAGCGAAUUUGUAAUGCAAAACUUGCAAAAUCUUUACAGUGAAACAGUUUUUUCUUACGAUAGAAUGCGGGACAGAUUUGCCGGAGAAUGACGACAGAAGGAUCAUGCCGGUGAUUUUGGAGGAAGAAGAGGAAGAAAAUUAUUGUCUUGCAGAUGCAGAAGCAGGUCGGUCAGGAGAAAUAAAGGCGACUGGCGAAGAGGAACAAAACGGAAUCUUGAUAGAAGACGUGACAGAAGAAGCAAAAUCUACUUCAUGCGGAAAAACAACUACUACGAGGAUCAUGAUCACAACUACAGCUUGUUCCAGCACGCCUAACACAACCGCUAGCAGUUCGACGACGACCACACCGGAACUAGAUCGAGCAAUAAACGACCCGACUUCAUUUGCAUCGAAGACUAAUAUUAAAACCAGCGGGAACAACUACAGCACGAAUAACGCACAGGAUAAUUCUAGUACAACAACUUUUACCGUCAAAGCACGAGGUCCACCAGCAUCGGUGGAAGGAGGAAAACCAGAACCACCUGUUCUUGAUGGCGACAUGCAUCCUGUAGACGGGGAUGAUGAGGAGGACAUCAUUUGCGAAGAGGAUGAUGAGAAUGACAAUGAGGAUGUCAAUGGUAACAUCGCGGAGUUUGUUGACGAUAGCGUAACCGAAAAUAAAGCACAAGCAGACCAAGUAGACCACGAAGAUGAUGGCCACUUCUCCAUGGAUUCCAUCGUCCAAAGCUUCUACAUGGACAUAUGGAUUGCAAAUAUGUCUGGGUCUGGAAGAUUGCAACUUGUAAUGCUGUCUUUGGAUUCCAAAAAAAUCUGUAUUGCACGACCAGCAAAGUGAGUCCAGUUUGUGCAACGCGGAGUAGAGGCUAUUGAUCAUGCGGAUUAGGCAUCAGGAGGGCCUCUAAAAAUCUGUGGUGCUAGGUCAUGCAUUACAGGCGUCAGGCGUCAUGCAAAAAAUGCCUGACAAACCUCGCAAUACUUCCAGACCCAGACACUUUUGCAUUUGAUAGGACACGCAAAUCAGCAGAAACCUGCCCUUGACGUUGUCCUUCGGCAUGCGGCAACUUCGGGCACUGCAGGCCUUGAUCCAGCCGAGCACGGUGGAACUGGUGCGGAAGAUCCGGGAGAGGGGAAAAGCCGCAAAGGGGUUUGAACAGGAUGUGCUUGCGCAGUCAGUGGAACAGCAGGAGGGUGAUGAACAAACAGAAACAAAAGCAGGCACUGCUGUUGAGCGGAAUGGAAAUUCGGUUGCUGAGAAGGACCAGGAGAGCGAAUUAUUGGCGAGCAGCAGUAAUAAAACCGCACAACUUCCAUCACGACCAGCAAAGGACGCCCAUUUGCAGAAGACAAAGCAGAUGCUGUUGAGAUCGCAGCAGGGUUCGACGAAUGAGAUGAUGAUGUCUUCGACAACAAAUUUUUGGGCCGACGAGCAGGCGAAGCGCGACGCGCUGAAGAUGGAUAAUGAAGAAGGGGAAAGGGACGAAACAGAAUACCAGGGACAAGGGCAGGCUCUUGAUGAAACCGAUCAUGCCAGCGGCGGCGAGAAGCAGGACCUCCAGUCUAAUUCCCCAACACAACUACCUCCACAAAGAAUUACCGAAGGGACGAAAAGCAAGGAGACAAACGCUGCCCUUUCCUCCACGUCUUCCAGCCUCGAUUUCUACCCGGUGCUGGACACGGAAUCCGACCGCGUGCACCGUCGCGCGUUGUUGCAAGAGUGGGCGUCCGAAAAAAAACUGGUGCGGGAAACCGAAGCGGCCACGGUCACGGCCUUGAGCCGAGUUAUUGGGACGUUUUCGUCGUCCGCUAUGAGGAAACUGCACAGUAGCUACGCCACAGAGAAAGAAGACCGGAUGUUUCUCGGGUGCUUUUUCCUCGAGGCCUGUGGAUUGGAUUUUUCUUCAGGGAGUGAUGCAGAUCAAGGUCUUGCUCUUGUUGGGGAUCAAGCUGCUCUUUCCAGCCUUGGCGAUGAAGAAGUUGUAGAGAGGACGAGGUGCAGUUUUGGUAGAUUGUCAACGUCAGACUGGUUUCAACGUGAAAAUGUUGCUGUGGAAAUUCAGGAUGCCAUGUGGGCGAUGUUGAAGUGAAAAUCUCUUCACGGUGUUGUGAACGAAGUUACAAACACGAUGCCAUAGAAAAUUUUUCAGUUCUAGACGCUUCUUCAAGAAAUCGAUUACGAUUUAUCUCUUUCGAUUCUCGAAAGCAGUAGUGACGACACACAU